CGGGGGGGUUGACACAUCAAGCUUCUCAGUUCCUUAUUUUCUUCUCUGACGCGCCUCUUUGGAAAUGCAGCAGUUUUUGUGUUUCACAGCAGAAAUCAAGACUUUGUGUCGAGGAUAAGAGUGCCGCCGACUGGUUUUAAAACUGAAAUAACGAGGUUUGUCCUUUAUCAUGGAAGAUGGUGUGAAAGAGGAGCCAGCCCAGUGUAAGGAGCCAAAGUUCCUGGGUAAGGCAGGCUGGGUGAAAAAGGCCACUGGCAAACUGUUAGCCAGCUACAAGGACCGCUACGUCCAAGUGGAGAAGACUGAGAUUGUCCUGUAUGAAGAUGAGGAACUACAGAACUGCUCAGAAAGGCUUGACUUGGAAAACUAUGACAGAUGUAUUGAAUUAAAGAGCACCUUCAAGAAGAAGAACAGACUGGUACUGAUACGAGCAUCGAAACCUGGCAAUAAGGCCCAUGAUUUGAAGUUCCAAGUUCAGACUCCAGAAGAGAAGGAUGCUUGGAUUAAAGCCCUGAGUGAUGGCAUUAGUAGAGCAAAGAACAAAGUCUUUGAUGAGGUGAAGGUUGAUGAAAGCAGUAACUUAGACCAUGUCACCCGAUCGAGGCCCAAAGGGAACCGUAACCGGCGGCCACCAACUAGGAUACACAUGAAAGAGGUCGCCGUUCUAUCGUCUGAUGGUAUGCUGCGUUUGGAUCUUGAUCUUGCUGAUGCUACAAUGCCAAAUGGAGCCCAUGACACCAAUGUUGAUGUCAGAGAGAAUUACAGUGAGACCACCAAAGUCACUGUUACUCCACACAGUGGCAGCAAAUCCGAAAAGGAAUAUUUGGAAGAGGAACCUCAAACUGAGCCAGGGGUCAGUCUCCAGAAAAAAGUCAUCAAACCUCCCAUGCCCCCAACCAAAGAGUCGAAACCUUUGUCAGCACCUGAUGAUCAACCUGAUAAGAGUGAUGAUCCAGAGAAAAAGGUCCUGAACCUGCCUCUGCCCCCAACAAAGGAAGCCAAGCCCUGUACUUGGAUUGUUGAAGAAAGUACAGAGGAAACUAAAAGUGAGGUGUUGUCUGAAAAGAGUCCUGAUCCCAGGAAAAAAGGGGGUCCACCACCAGCACCCCCCAACAAGCCCAUCAGCAGCUCCAUGAACAACCUCACCGAGGCUCUGUCUUCCAACCCAGUCUCCCAGCUUCCUACCCCACCGUCCAAAGACAAGAAACCUCUCCAACACUCUGCAGUGCUAAACCAAGAGAAUCAACCCUGCAAAUUGGAUCGCAUGAUUAAUCAGCAUGAAAAUGAAGACACAAAGAUAAAGGACACAGAGGAAUCCUACUUGAUUACAGAAGAAGCUCUUUUCCAAGUCAAAGAUGAUUCUGUGAUAACUGAAAGUGCCAGUGCAAAGGGGCAUUCUGGGAAUUCUGAGGAAGAUUCAGAGCUUGUUUUAAGUAGCAGAUCAAAUACGUCAUCCAAACAUGAGCUACAGUUGCCUGUCCCAGUGACAGUUGUGCUACCAGAGUCACAUAAAAAGGGCUCUAGUCCUCUUUUAAGCCCCAAGAAAAAGCCUGUGAAACCUGUUCAUCUCAACAUGGUGACUCCUUCUGAACUGUCCGAGCCUCAAACUCAACCUGCAGCUGACAGCACAGAUAUAAUCAGUCAGCCUGAUGACAGGAAAAUCUCAGAUACCUCCAUAGGUGGUCCCCAAGAUGAAAGGGCCCUCCAACUGUUUCCAGAGGUUGAGAGUGAAGUCCCAGCACUGGUUGUCUGUCUGAGCGAGCCUGUAGCCUCCAGCCUCAGCCCACUCAUAUGUCAUUUGCCCAGUGUAACAAAGAAGAAGGCAGAGGAGAAAUCUGUAGAUAGUGGUCAGCACUCAGAUGACAGUGAAACCUCUGAGAAUGAAGACACUCUGGCAGCUUCAACUGCUGCACUGAGAGGGAGCCACGCCGGUCUGGAUGUGUUGGAUAAUAGUGAAGAUGAUUUUCAGAUCUCUGACAGUCCAAGGAUGAAACAGGCCACAGCAGAUGUUCGGGUUCGGGCAAUGCAGCAGCCAUGUCAUGGCUCACAGCUCACCACUAGCUCCAAACCAUUCAAGACACCCCGGUCCGCCUCAAUCGGAGAUCUGCUGGCUCACUCUUCAGGCAGUCUUCAGGUGAAACAGCAUGCCAGAACAGGGGCUAAAAAUGCCAGGGCUACAACUUCUACUGAUAAUGUCAGCAACCUUGAGAAUGAAGUGGCUCUGGAGAUGGCGAAGACAAGUCAGCUGCUGAGCAGAUUGUCACAGUCCCAUGGUAGAGGUGAUACAGGAGAAUCGCCAGAGACUCUGCUGGCAAAGGCCAUGGAAAAGCUGAAGAAGGCAGACCAUUUUCUCAGGGAGAUCAAGAAACUAAAGGACUCCAACCUCAUACAGAAUGAAAAGAAGAGAAUGAGUUGGUGAAUGUCUUUGAAGGAGGUGAUUUAUUCUUACAGUUGAAGGCAGCAGAUGUCCUCCUCAUGUAUAAAG